AUGAUUCAUUGUUGUCCUUUUUAUGAUUGUUUGGUUGAACAUGUAAGUUUUGAUUUUUUGAAAACUAAAAAAAUGAUGUAUUUGAGAAAAAUAAUGAGAACCUGGGGAAUUCGUUUUCUCAGAACUGUAUUAUAAAAAAAAUUGUUUUUUGAAUUUUUUUUAAAAAAUAUCGUCAUAGUUCUUAUUGUUAAUUGUAGUUUAUGAUGGUUUUUUCAUGUUAUCAAAACAAGAUAUUUGUACCUAUUUUUUUCGAAAAAAAAAUUACAGUUUCAAAAAUUUUCGAUAUUAAAUUUGAAUAAUCAUCCGAGUUACUUCUAUAAGAUCAAACAAAAAAAUUGACUAUUCAAAGUUUUUAAAUAAGAUUGUUAGAGAAUAUAAAUUUGUUUACACGAUUAAAGGUUUCCCAAAAAUAUACUGUUUCAAAUAUUGUUUGAAUGUUGAAAUGAUUUUUGUCGGAGGUUCUUGCUCUGUUAACAUUGUGCAAAAAAUAUUUUGAACGAUUUUAGAUCAUUGUAGAAAUUCAGUGUUACAAGCAUCAGUAAUUUUCAAAUCCCAAAGUUUCUCCAAUAAAUUCCCCAAAAUGUUUUGUGCUCCAAAAAAACCACACGACUUGCUAAUAUAUCUAAAUCAAUCAACUAAAAAAGCAGAAAUAUUUACGUCAAGUAAAUAGCAAAAUCAAAUUUCCGCGCGACUACAAUUUAUUCUCCAAAUCUCAAAAAUCGUUCUUAAAAUGAUGUAUUUUUGAGAUAACAAAGAACAAGUUCAUUUUCUGUGGGUGGUCUUGAAGGAAUUCUCGAACGGACAGAUAACAAGAACAUCUAGAAUUUGUUUUCAUCGAAUGAGUUUACAUUUCAUUUUGGAUUGAGUGAAGUCUUGGGAGAGGUUGAACUACUGACCGCCACGUGGAACCUUCCAGUUCCCACUUCAAAAAUCCAAUUUUCUCUUCUGUUUAGAAAUUUCUGAGUUGAUUUUCGUUUAAAAAUUCUACUGUAAUACAGUUUCGCAAAAAUCGAUUUCCUGUUCAUUUCAGAAUUCCCUCAAAAAACAAUUCCGCUUAUUCUGAGAUUCACCUAAAAGUACAUUUUUUGUGGGUGGCCUCAAAGGAGUUCACUAACAAGAAAAUAUAGUUUUGUUUUUCAUUUUCAUUUUUAUCAAAUCAGUUCAUUUCACAUGAGUUUUUGAUAUCAACUUUCUUACUUGUUCUCUUACUUCAUGAAAUUUUUCAGCUGCUUGUUUGAAUAACAUAAAUAGCAUUUACAAACGUCAGCAACUUUCGUAGUUUCUACUGAAUUUUCUGCUGAUUGUGAAAAUAAUCAGUUGACUACUGCAAGUCUAAAACUAGAAAAUUCCACUGUUUCAGCGAAUAAUCGUUCCGGGAAGAGCAGUCGCGUCAGCUUCAACAAGCUCCGGCUUUCAAUCAAAUCAGGUUCAUCCGCAGGUAUUAUUAAAAAUUGGUAUUUUGUUAAUUAGAUUUGAAAAAUACCCGUAAUUUCAGCCAGCCCCAAAAGCAACGCAUCAGGAAUCGGCGACGACUUCGUCAGCCACAACCACUUCGAACAUAUCACUACGAUUUUUAUUUUGUGGAUCACUUCAAGUGCGAACAGAAGUGCAGAACCAGUGAGUGAAGGGAAUAGAUUUAGAGGGGAAGAAAAUGUUGAAAAAUUAGACAAAAAUUUUAUAUCCUAAAUAUUUCUAGAAAUUUUAAAGCAGUGAAAUUUCUAGAGAUUUUUUUUUGAAUUCAGUUAUUUCAAAGUGCAUCAUAAUUUUGUAGUUGAAUAGUUUUUCUUUGGAUUAAAUAUUCAAAUAAAGUCUCAUUGAUAUAAAUUGAAAAUUCUUGAAUAUCCCGAACUUUCGAAACAUUAGUUUUUUUUUGGAAAAUAUUUAUAUUCUUGAAAAUGUCUUGUUUUUGAAACAGUGAAGUUUUUUUUUUUUUUUAGAAAUUUUUUUGAACUCGUAUUGGCACGAUGUAUUGAAAAAUUUCUAAAAUAAUUAGUAAUUUCUUAUUUUUGAAACAGUGAAAAAAAAUAUUAUGUUUGCUUUUCACUUUUUUGAGAUGGUUUUUUUGGAAACAAAAAAAUGUUAAGUUAUAUUUUUAACGAAAUUUCAUCCGCUCACUUUUUAGAGUAAUUUUCUCCCAAAAAAUUCACUGUUUCGAAAUUUUUAUAAUUUUUUUGCGAAAAUUCAAACAUCAAUCAAAUUAGAUAAUGAUUUUCGAAAUUAAAAUUCCCAAAUGCCACGUCAUGUCAAGUACACGUUUUCCCAAUUUAAUUUAUUUAUUAUAUCACUUUUUCAGUUGUACAUCAUAGUUCAUUUUUUCUAGUGUUUCCAAUCAACUUAUUUUUAGAAACUUCUGACUUGAACUUAAGUUAACUCAAAACGUCUCUGAUUUUGUUCCAGAGUCAACGUAUGUGGAGGCACAAGCCUCACGGCUGCCGAAAUGGCCCGUAAAAAUAGUCUCAUCGAAAAACAGCUCGAAAAAGACCGUCUUCAUCUUCGCCGAACUCUCAAAAUUCUACUUUUGGGUGGUCCAGAAUGUGGAAAAUCAACAAUUUUCAAACAAAUGCGAAUAAUUCAUUUGAAUGGUUUCAGCGAUUUAGAUUAUGUGAAUUUUCGAUAUUUGAUUUAUAGUAAUAUUGUUCAAUCAAUGGCUCAAUUAUUGAAUGCGGCUAAGAAAUUGAAUAUCAAACCGGAUAAUACUUUGGCUGUUAAGAAAGCAAUGAUGUUUUUUGAAAGACGAUAUAAUAAUGCUUCGCGUCCGACGGAAGUUGAGAUGAAUCCGGAAUUAUUUCAAUCGAUAAAUAGUUUAUAUAAAUCUGAAUUCAUCAAAGCUGUCAUUGAAAACAAAAAUGAAAUUGAACUUUUGGAUUCUGCAACAUAGUAAGUUGGGAUAAAAAUGGGAAAAAAGAGGAUGAAGUUUCUAAAAAAAAUCUAGUUUUCCACCUAAAAUUCCACCUAAAAAUGUACAGUAAUUUCGGGUCAUUUUUGAUCAUGUGAUCUACAAAAUUUGAAAAAUCUGAAUUUCUUAACAAAAAUCUACAGUAAGGCUUAUUUAGUGUCGAAAAUUCGGAUUUUCAUAUGAAAUCCCUGAAAUUCAAUUUUUAACCUCAAACACUUUUUUUCUGAUCUCUUGGUUCAUCUCACAUACAUCAGUACUAUUACAUUUUAAUUCGGUUCAUUGAAAUUUUUCCAAAAAUAGUAUGAGAUUAGGACGUAGAUACUUCCGUCUUUUGUUAUUUUUUUUGAAACAUCACGACUUAUCAAAACUUUUAUCCAUAGAUCACACAAUAUUUAUAUAAAAUUUCCAGUUUUCUUGAUGACAUUGAACGGAUUUCUGGAAUUGAUUAUAAAGUAACAGAAAUGGAUGUGAUAAAAGCGCGAGUUCCAACAACUGGAAUAACUGAAAUACUAUUUCCAUUUCGACAAGUUCAACUUCGAAUGGUUGAUGUUGGAGGACAAAGAUCAGAACAAAGAAAAUGGAUACAUUGUUUUGAUAAUGUGAAUGGUGUACUCUUUAUAACAGCAAUUAGUGGAUAUAAUAUGUUUGUGCCAGAUGAUGAUGAUCCUGUAAGAAUUCUUUGUUUCUUGAAAAAUAAAUUCUAAUUACUGUUUGAUACAUUUUUCCAGAGAAAACUAACAAAUCGCCUUCGAUAUUCAAUGGAAUUGUUCAAAAGAAUUGCAAAUCAUCCAUGUUUCGGAAAAAAGACCGCCAUUAUUUUAUUUUUGAAUAAAAUUGAUAUUUUCCGCGAGAAGAUUGCACAAUAUCCAUUGACCAAGUGCUUCAAAAAUUAUAAAGGUUUGUUUUUUUUUUGGAUUAUUUAUCGCAAAUGUAGGAGAUUAAAAAUUAACGUGUUUACUUACCAAAAGUUAUACUAUACUCUUGAAACAGUGAAUUUUUCGAGUUAUUUAAACAAAAUUUUCGAUGUGAAUUUAUUUUUAUCACUUCAAUCUCGCAACUGAAAUGAACCUGAAAAAAUUAAAUUGAAUUUAAAACGUUAACAUCAACGUGGAAUUUGAAAAAUAAUUUCUGAGAAUUUCAAAUUAAUUUUUUUGCAGGCGGUCAAGGUGUUGAAGCUUGUGCCCAAUAUGUUCAAGAUCGUUUUACUAGAUUAGUGAGUGCCGAAAUUCAACACGAAAAACCAAUAUAUUCACAUUGCACAAAUGCAACAGAUACACGAAAUAUUGAUCGAGUAUUUGAUUCUUGUAUGGAUGUUGUAUUCAAAAUAUCCAUGGAAAAAGUUGGAUUCAUUUAA